ACAAACCAAACCAAACACAACAAUACAUACAUCUCUUUCACCAACCACGCUCCUCCACUCACUCAUCACACUCUGUCUUUAUUUCUCACACACUGCUUUUAAAGUCCAUCACUCUCUCUCCGCCGACUCAACCAUCCACAUGGCCGCAGCAAACUGAAUUAACUACACAUACAUAUGCCUCUUUGCCACCAUGACCUCCUCUGCUGCGAGGACUCCUCCGGAAUCCUCUCCACACAACACUCGCCGGAAUCACCUUCAUCAUCAUCGUCUUCUUCGUCUUCUUCAUUGUCGUCGUCGUGGACGGAGGAAUCCAUCGCGUGUUUCAUGGAGCACGAACGCAACUUCGUCCCCGGAUUGGAGUACCUCUCCAGGUUUCAGUCUCGCUCCCUCGACGCCAACGCAAGAGAACAAUCCGUUGCAUGGAUCCUCAAGGUUCACUCAUACUAUGGCUUUCAGCCUCUGACGGCAUACCUCUCCGUUAAUUACUUGGAUCGGUUUUUGGACUCUCGCCAGCUGCCGCAAACAAGUGGGUGGACUCUUCAGCUUCUAUCAGUUGCUUGUUUGUCUUUAGCGGCAAAGAUGGAGGAACCUCUUGUUCCCUCUCUCUUGGACCUUCAGGUGGAAGGAGCCAAAUACGUAUUUGAGCCGGGAACCAUACGUAGGAUGGAGCUACUUGUUCUUAGUGUGUUGGAUUGGAGGCUUAGAUCAGUUACCCCACUUAGCUUCCUUGAUUUCUUUGCGUGCAAAAUUGAUUCAGCUGGAAAUUUUACUCCCUUCCUCAUUUCUCGAGCUACGGAAAUCAUCUUAUCUAAUAUCCAAGAGGCUAGCUUUCUUGCUUACAGGCCAUCAUGUAUUGCUGCCGCAGCAAUACUCUGUGCAGCUAAUGAAAUUCCUAAUUGGUCUCUUCUUAAGCCUGAGAAUGCUGAAUCAUGGUGCCAGGGACUAAGAAAAGAAAAAAUUAUAGGGUGCUACCAGUUGAUGCAAGAACUUAUUGUGAUUCACAGUAAUCGGAGAAAUCCACCUAAGUAUUUGCCACAGAUGCGAGUAACAACUAGGACCCGAAUGAGGUCGAGUACUACCACUGUUGCAUCAUCAUUCCCCUCGCCCUCUUCUUCAUUAUCCUUGUCUUCUUACAAUAAAAGGAGAAAAUUAAAUGACAGUUUGCGGGUGAAUGAAGAUGAAAAGGGAAACUCCGUGUGAAAAUGAGGGGGUGGGGGAAUAAAUAAUGAGGGAGGGAGAAACAAAAAAGAAAAGGAAGGAAAUAAGGUGGUCGUCCAUGCUGUCUAUGUAGAAACCUCAAAAUUUUUUAGAAGGUUUUUUUUUUUGUGAUUAAAAAUUGACUCAUGAGUGAUGGUGUAGAUUACUAUAAAGUGUAUAUUGUAUAUGUAUGAUGUGAGUUUGAUGGAUUUGCAGCUUGGAGAAUUUAUAAUUUAUAAUAAUUAUUAUUUCAA